UAAUAAACAAGACUUCACCAGACGAGAUUAUCAUUCAACACCCGUUACUAGUCAUCGUCGUCAUCUCUUCGUGCACUCGCUUAAGAUUCGAUCAGAGCCUGAAAUUUCGCAAUCGGAAUAUUCCACAUUCGCCGCCGUGGAAUCACCUCAUCAAAUCAAAAGGAGGUUUUAGCUAGGGUUUAGGUGAAUCAAAUGGGGAAGAAGGAGAACGAGAUGUCAGCAAUGGAGAUCGACGAUCCGAAACUGGACGGCUCCGAUCAGAUCCUCCCUAGGUUCUCGAUGAACGUUCUGCAGCUGAUGAAGACUUCUCAGGCUCAGCAUGGUCUGCGUCGUGGUGACUAUGCUCGUUAUCGGAGGUAUUGCUCAGCACGGUUGAGGAGGCUAUACAAGUCCUUGAAAUUUACUCAUGGCCGUGGCAAAUACACUCGACGAGCCAUUCUUGAAUCAACUGUCACCAAUGUUAGGUUUCUUCAUGUGGUUUUCUACAUGGCGGAAAGAGCAUGGAGCCAUGCGAUGGAGAAAAGACAGCUACCAGAUGGGCCUAAUGCACGGCAGCGGAUUUAUUUAAUUGGGAGGCUGAGGAAGGCAGUUAAAUGGGCUACGCUUUUCUCAAGUUUGUGCUCUGUUAAGACAGAUUCCAGGACAUCUCUGGAAGCUGAGGCAUAUGCUUCCUAUAUGAAAGGCACUAUGUUGUUUGAGCAAGAUCAAAAUUGGGAAACUGCGUUGGCCUGUUUCAAAAACGCCAGAGCUGUUUAUGAGGAACUAGGGAAAUAUGGUGAUCUAGAGAACCAAGUUCUUUGCCGGGAACGAGUUGAGGAGCUUGAGCCUAGUGUUCAGUACUGCCUACACAAAAUUGGCAAAGCAAACUUGCAGACAUCUGACCUACUUCAGAUUGGUGAGAUGGAAGGCCCUGCCUUGGAUCUUUUCAAAGCAAAGAUAGAGGCUGCUAUGGAAGAAGCCAGAUCUCAACAAGCUGCAUCUCUCACGGAGUUCAAUUGGCUUGGCUACAGAUUUCCAGUUUCCAACCCAAAAUCUCGGGUUUCUAUUUUAAAAGCCCAGGAACUUGAGAAGGAUCUACAGGGCCCAACAGCAGAAUCGCUCCCUGCAGAGAAAAAGCUAACCAUAUUUGAUAAACUAUUCACUGCAUAUAAUGAUGCGAGGAAUACCAUACGCAGUGACUUGGUAAGUGCAGGAAAUGCUGAGUCUGUUAAAGAUGAGCUAAAUGGUCUGGACAAAGCUGUUGGAGCUGUGCUAGGACAGAGAACCAUUGAAAGGAACCAGUUGUUGGUUAAAAUAGCAAAGAGUAAACUGAACAGGAAGCGUGAUGAUAAGAAUGAAAAGGUUACUAAGCCUGAGGAGCUUGUUCGAUUGUAUGACCUUCUAUUACAGAAUGUCGCUGAUCUUUCUGAUCUCGUUAGCUCUGGACGAGACAGGAAACCCGAAGAGAUUGCCUUCGAAGAAGAGUGUGAACGCAAAAACUUAGCCUUUCGUGCUGAAAGGUGCUUCUACUUGGGAAAGUCAUAUAGUCUAGCAGGAAAAAGGGUUGAAGCAUAUGCCUUGUUUUGCCGUGCCCGGUCUCUUGCUGAAGAUGCCCUGAACAAGUUUCAGAACAUAGGAAACAAAGACGAGGGAACAAUCCAGGAAUUGAAGACACUGAGCAGAGAAUGCAGAGCUAGUAGUUGCAUAGAACAUGCGACGGGGAUAAUGGAGGAAGAGAAGGCGCCAGAGAAUCUGUCAAAGAAA